AUGAAUCUUCCAGCGCCUUUCGAUGCUAACAUGCACGAACUGGCAGUCGGCUACGUAUCUAGGGAUGACAGUGACUCUGACUUUCCCACCGUCAACUCUCUUCCUGACCGCCAGACAAUUUCGCUCUCGAUCAGGGCGGCUUACACGGAUUGGAAUCCACGUGAAGCCUUUCGUGAGCUUGUGCAGAACUGGCGCGACGGCAUCAUCGCUUCCUUCGCACUGCCUGAGAAGGAGUUUGUGGUGGAAUGCGAGCGCAGAAUUGGGAACGGAUGCAUAGAAAUCAUCUAUAAAGUGCCUCGGCCGAACUCGAAACCGAAAGAAUGGCUUGGUUUCAUACACUACAAAGCUGACGGAAAAGGGGGUAUCGUGGAAAUCACGAACCGAAAUGCCACACUCCAUCCCUGGCAUCUCGAUAUGGGUGGCACUAGCAAGAGUGGUUCUGGAAACCUGGCCGGUGCGCACGGUGAGGGACUCAAAGUGGCGCUAUUGGUGCUCAUGCGCGGCAGUCGGAACCACAAAAUCCGCUGUCGCUCGAGCGGGUUUUCGUGGACAUUCAAUUUCACCAAGCAUGGGCGGCUUGUUGCACGCCUCAAUCGCAUGUCCGCCGAGGCGAUUGGCAGGCUAGAGUCACAGGUCCGGUCAAAACUUGAAGAGACGCUUCUGCCGUUCUGUCCUAAUGCCAAAAGUGACGUUCAGUUCGUCCUUGGCGAACCGCAUCACGGCCGCUCCGACCUCGGUGUCCCGACGCGGCGCAACCUGAUCAAGCAAAACGAUUUUGAAGCCUGGACUGAGGCAGCUCUCUUUCUACAGGAGCCCAGCCCGGAUGAACUGGUGAAAACCGGAAGUGGUGACCUUCUGAUUGGUGAGAGAUUCCGCCAGCGACUCUACUUGAAAGGGCUCCUGCUUAGCGAGGACACGCCACAACGUCGGGCGAGCGUUACAAACAAGCCAUUGCGCUAUGGCUACAAUUUCGCGGCCGGGACGACGAAUCGCCUGAACUCGCGAGUGAACUGA